UCGGGACGCGUGUGUGUUCACGGAGUGCCUCCUUAUGCUCUGGCGUGGCCACAAUCGUAUAUCUUAGCAGCAGGUUGCGAUAAACGGCUGACCAUGUACGACCCAUACGGCAAGCCGGUCAAGAUCUUUGAUUUCAGCCGGGAUUCCCAAGAGAGAGAGAUCACUGUCGCCUGCUGUAGUCCAAGUGGCCAGAGCGUCGCUGUAGGCUCCUGGAACAAGGUGCGCAUAUUCGAUUGGUCGCCACGAAGAAGUAUCUGGGAAGAGACCAACGUGCGCGACUUGCCCAACUUCUACACUGUCACGGCGCUCUCCUGGAGACGAGAUGGUUCGAAGCUAAUGGUUGGCGGAUUGUGUGGCAGCGUCGAGCAGUUUGAAACUAUUCUGAGACGUACAGUGGUACGCGGUAGUCACGAGGUCACCUACGUGGGUCCUAGCCAGGUAGUGAUCCGGCCUUUGAGCGACUCUUCGCAGCGACCUAUCGUCAUCAGAUCGCAGACGGGUCUGGAGAUCGAGGACGUGCGUGUCUUAGGACGCAGGGACAACAACGUGAUAGCUCGGACGGCACGCACUUUGUUAAUCGGCGAUAUCGAGCUGGGUUUGAUCAGCGAGAUCCCAUGGGAGGAUCGAUCUGGCGGCGAGAAGUUUUUCUUCGAAUAUCCGGUUGUAUGUUUGAUCUUUUGCUCUGGCGAACUGACGAUCGUUGAGUACGGCCAAAACGAGGCUCUUGGUUCUGUGAGAACAGAGGCGGUGAAUCCGCAUGUGGUCAGCGUGCGCGUAAACGAACGACUCUCAGCUGGCGGAGGUGAUAACAAGAAGUUGGCCUACUUGCUGGAUCCGAGAACUGUUCGCGUGAUUGAUCUGCUAUCCGGUGCGACUAUCAGCAUGAUCGUUCACGAUGCCCGCAUCGAUUGGCUGGAGCUAAGCGAGGCUGGUCAUAGACUGCUAUCGCGCGACAAGCGAGGUCGUCUUUGGCUUAGCGAUGACGAAAAUGACAAAGUCUUGCUGGUGACAGGGGUAUCUUUUGCAUCUUGGGUGACUGGUAGCGACGUUGUUGUCGCUCAGACAGGCCAAACCUUGGCCAUUUGGUACAACGUGGACGCGCCAGAAGCAGUUACGCUCACGUCGAUCAAGGGCGACGUGGUAGACAUUGUCCGAGAAGAUAGUCGAACGUCCGUGAUGGUGGAGGAGCACGGCGGUAUCAAAGUGGCACAUCUGUUGGACGAAGGAUUGAUCGAGUUCGGCACUGCGUUGCAUGACAGUGACUUCGGAAGAGUCAUCCUGUUCUUGGAGAACAUGGGCGACGGUCCGCAAGUGGAGACCAUGUGGGAGAACGUGGCCAGGAACGCAAUGAAUGAGAGAAAGCUCGAUAUAGCUGCUAGAUGCUACGCUGCGAUGGGCGACGUGGCUUGCGCGAAAUUUCUGAAGGAGACCGCUGAGAUUGGUGAAAAAUACGCUAAAGAGACAGGCAAUGAGCCAAUGGCCAACCCAGAAUGCUGGGCUCGGCUAGCCAUACUAAAUGGUGAUUUGAAAACCGCUGAAGCGAUUUAUUUGGAGCAGAAUGAACUGGACAAAGCAUUGGAUAUGUAUCAGCGUUACUGGCGCUGGGAAGAUGCCUUAAAUUUGGCUGAAAGUCGAAACUGGAGUGGUUUAUCAGAAUUGCGGGACCGUCACUUAGCUUGGUUGCUGGACACUGGCCAAGCGGCUCGCGCGGCCUCCAUCAUAGAAACCACGAAUCCUAGAAGAGCUGUCAAGCUUUAUCUGGAAGCUCGCCGUCCUGGACGAGCUGCCAGAUUGAUACUUGCCGACAAUGAGUUGCUGGAGGAUGAAAGAAUUGUCGAAGAAGUAAUUAGUGGCCUCAAGGCCACUGACCUCACUGAACUCGCUGGAGAACUGUUGGAAAAGACUGGCGCCGGUUCCGAAGCAAUCAAAUGUUAUUCCCAAGCCGGUGUCUUUGCCAGAGCCCUCGACUUAGCACGCAAAAUCGACCCCACCUUGGUGGUCGAACUCGAAAGGGAUUGGGGAAAACAUUUGUCAGAGAAUGGUCAUUAUGACGCCGCUAUCAAUCACUUUAUUGAGGCAGGCGAGACAGUACUAGCAUUAAAGGCCGCUAUUAAUGCGCGACAGUGGAGAAAAGCUUUACAAAUUAUUCAGGUGCAGUAA